UCUCAAAUUGACACAUACUCCAAUUAAAAAAUCACCCUUUAUGUUUGGAUUCCUGAAGAUCAUGGACUUACUUAAGAUAUUCCGGAUGCAGGAGCCCGUGUCCAAAGAGCUUCUCUCCAGGAACAACGACUUGGCAAUUUGCAAGGAAACUAUCCGAGAGAAAGACGAACUGUCGAAGGAAAGAGAAACGAGGAUAAAAGAGCUGCAGGAUCGGGUGUGCGAGCUUGAAAAGCAAAAUGGAGAGCUCGAGAUUAAACUAAAAAACGAUAACGCGGAAUACCAAAAAAUUAUGCAGGAAUACGAUGGAUUUAUUAGCAAAAUUACUGAGGACAGCAAUGAAAUAGUAAAAGAAAAUGAGACAUUUCGACGAAAAUUACGGGAACUCGAAGAUCUGCUACAGAACCACGAGAGCACUAAAGAAGACAUGAGAAGCCGGUUGCAAAAAUGUGAAACAGUUAUUAAUUCUAUAACCCAUAAAUAUAACACAUUAAAGGCACAUUCUCAAACUAAACUGACCGAAGCUAACUCAGAAGUCGGUAAGUCUGCAAAAGAGAUCGAACACUACAAAUACCUGAUUGAAAAGAAACAAGGGCAAAUCAAUGAGUUGGAGAAACGUUUGGGGUUGGAAAAGAAAAGACCUGAUCUCAGAUCGGAACCCCCAAAAAGCUUAAAAUUAUCUAAGUCGAUGUUAGAACCGCUAAAAUCCCUGUAAUGUUGAAAUUGGAAACAUGUAAUGCCCCAACUGAAU